AUUAAUUCAUAGACUAAACCGAAUACCCCGUUUUCAUUCACUCAUCUAACCCCUUCCCGCCAAAAUCAAAAGCAAAAAAAAAUUUCCAAACAAACAGCGAUAAAAGAAAACCCUAAAAAAUAAUUGUUACAUUCCUUGUCAUUAAUUUAUCAAAAACUGAACUGAAAGGGAAAGAUGACGAUGAUGAUUACAAAAGCCGGGAAGGAAAUGUCGACAAAUAAAGGAGGCCAAAUCUCACACAUUUUGGCUAAAUAUUUCCCCCAAAUCGAUUACUCGCACGCCGAUGGAAAAAAGAAAUUGCAACUCACUUCCAAGCUUUACGAACACUUUUUUUCCACUCCCGAUGGAUCAGAUUUCAUCUCUCAGGUAAAAAGAGAUGAAAUGCUGUUCAUUUUGCCGCUUGAUUUUCAACAAUUCCGGAAAGUAUGCGUGAUCAUGGAAUUUUAUGAUGCAUUAGAAAGAAAUCCAAAAGAAGCUAUAUUAUGCAUGUGUGCUGCAGUACAUAAGGUUUUGUACUCUAAGUCAAAUGAUGAAGAAUUAGAUGACAGUGCUAAGGUUAAUAUCCGUCUGCAUAACUACCCCGAAUCUAUGAUUGCUUUGAAGAAUUUAAAGGCUGCAUACAUUGAAAGGCUUGUUUCUGUGCGUGGCACUGUUGUAAAAGUCAGCACUGUCAGGCCUUUGGUGGUACAUAUGAGUUUUGAGUGUACCAAAUGUGGAACAACUAAUAGUCGUGACUUUCCCGAUGGGAAGUUUUCACCUCCUCCCAGCUGUGCAGUACAUGGAUGCAAAAGCAGAACUUUUAACCCAAUUAGAUCCAGUGCACAACCAAUAGAUUUUCAGAAAAUAAGAAUUCAGGAGUUGCUGAAAUCUGAGCAUCAUGAAGAAGGUCGGGUGCCAAGAACUGUGGAAUGUGAGCUUGUUGAAGAUCUUGUAGACCUGUGCAUUCCUGGAGAUGUGGUGACUGUUACCGGUAUCAUAAGGGUGAUAAACAAUUACAUGGAUAUAGGCGGAGGAAAAUCGAAGGGAAAGAACCAAGGAUUAUAUUACUUGUAUCUGGAAGGAAUUUCAAUUAAGAACUCCAAGUCACAGUCUGAGCCUGAGAGCACGAAAGAUACAAAAUCUGUGGUUAAAUCUACAGAUUUGCUGGAUUUAUAUUCAUUCAGUCAACGGGAUUCAGAAUUCGUUUUGAAGUACCAUUCAGAGCAUGGUCGAGAUGUCUUCCGCCAAAUACUGCAAUCACUUUGUCCUUCCAUCUAUGGGCAUGAACUUGUUAAAGCUGGGAUCACAUUGGCAUUGUUUGGAGGUGUGAGAAAGCACUCAAUGGAUCAGAACAAGGUUCCUGUCCGAGGAGACAUUCAUGUGAUAAUCGUUGGCGAUCCAGGAUUGGGAAAAAGUCAAUUAUUGCAGGCAGCAGCUUCAGUUUCACCACGAGGUAUAUAUGUUUGUGGGAAUGCCACAACCAAUGCCGGACUCACUGUUGCGGUAAUGAAGGAUUCAAUGACUGGUGACUAUGCUUUUGAAGCUGGUGCUAUGGUACUUGCAGACAGAGGAUUAUGCUGUAUUGAUGAAUUCGAUAAAAUGUCUGCAGAGCACCAGUCUCUACUGGAAGCUAUGGAGCAACAGUGUGUUUCAGUUGCCAAGGCAGGACUGGUAGCAAGUUUAUCGGCUCAAACAACUGUUUUAGCAGCAGCAAACCCUGUUGGCGGCCAUUACGACCGGGCAAAAACUGUGAAUGAGAACUUAAAAAUAAAUUCUGCUUUGUUAUCACGAUUUGAUUUGGUUUUCAUAUUGCUUGAUAAGCCUGAUGAGUUACUUGACAAAAGAGUUUCAGAACACAUUAUGUCUCUCCAUGCUGGCAAUGUUGAUAAUUCACAAGCUGCGAGAAAACUUGCAAAUUCUCAAAGUGUUAGCGGUAUAGAUCUGAAUGUAAAGAGUGGGUCAUUAGUCUCACGGUUGAGACUUGAUCCCAGGAAGGACCGUGAUUUUGUUCCACUACCUAGUCCUCUACUCCGUAAAUACAUUGCGUAUGCAAGAACUUUUGCCUCGCCAAGGAUGUCUAGACCAGCAGCUAAGAUCCUGCAGGAUUUCUAUUUGAAACUCAGAGACCGCAAUACUUCUGCUGAUGGCACACCAAUAACUGCAAGACAAUUAGAAAGUCUGGUAAGGCUGGCACAAGCUCGGGCUAGGGUUGAGUUGAGAGAAGAAAUAAGUGUUGAAGAUGCUGAGGAUGUUGUUGAAAUAAUGAAGGAAUCCUUGUAUGACAAGUAUGUUGAUGAGCAUGGAUGUGUGGAUUUUGGUCGAGCUGGCGGGAUGAGUCGUCCGAAAGAAGCCAAGCGAUUCUUAGGUGCACUUAACAAGCAAUCAGAGCUGGAACAGAAAGAUUGCUUUUCUAUAUCGGAAAUAUACAGUUUGGCAGAUAGGAUUGGGUUAAAAGUCCCUGAUGUUGACACAUUUGUGGAUAAUUUAAACAGCGUUGGCUAUCUACUUAAAAAGGGCCCGAAAACUUAUCAGGUGUUAUCCUCAACUUAUACCAGGAGUCAAUCAUCGAGAUCAAAGUGUUGAUGUUUGUGGUUUCAACUAGUUGGAUAUCUCUUUAUUGAUCAGCUCAGGUUAGUAACACGUUCUUUAGAAGCUUCCAUACCAUAAUUAAACAAUGCAGUAUGUACUUAAGGAUUUACUGGUUAUGUGCAAAUAUAAAUUCGGUUAAUAAUUA